AUGUUUCAUAGUUAUUAAACGCCAAAACAAUGUUAUAAACAUUAGCCUUAGAAAAUAUACUAGCAAAUCAAUUAAAAAAGUGUUACGUGUAAAUCUUUAUCGCCUACUUAAUUUGGUUGUCAAUAGAAAGGAACAUUAGAUCAGAAUGAGUAAAAUCUUAGUACUCCUUAGAAUUUGAAUUUAUAGAAAGGAGUGAGAUUAGUGAAUAUUACAUAAUAAGGAAAUGAGAAUAGUUUUAGAGGUAGCAGUUAAGCCAAUAAGUUUGUUUAAGAUAGUCCAUUGAUAGGAAAUAAUAAAGAGAAUGGAACAUUAAGUAAAAGAUUAUAUACAGAUUCAACAUUAAUUGAUUAAAAUUCUAAAAUAGUUUUAUAGGAGAAUAGGAAAUUGAAUGAAAUGAUUCAAAGAUUAUUUAAAGAGAAAUAAGAAUUAGUUACAAUAAUAGAUAGACAGAAAAAUUAAUCAUGUAAUUUGAGUAAUAAAGGAAUAGUUAAUUUUAAUUUCAAUAAUUUAAAAGAUAGAAUUGAAAGAUUGGAAGAAGUUAUUGAUUUAUAGAGUGAAGAGAUUCUAUAAUGGAAAUUAAAAUACAAGUAGGCUUGUGAAUAAGAUGAAAGAGCUAAUGCAAUAGAACAAAUGGUAGAAAUGAAAUCUGAUUAGUUAGGAAUCCUAAAUUAUGAAAGUAGUAGAAGAGAAUGAGCGUUUGAACAAUCUUGGAGUUGACAAAGAAAAGUAAAUAUAAGAAAUGGGAAACGAUAUUAUAGUUCUUUAAAAAAAAUUGAUUGAAUUUGAAUAAAAAAUGAAGAAUUAAUCCAAUUUAAUUAUUGCUUAUGAAGAAGAUACAAAAGAACUUAAAAGACAAUACAAAUAAAAAUUAAUUUUGAUUGAGAAGAUAGACUAAUAGUAAUAAUUACAAUAAAUACAUUAAUUACAGUAAAUAUAGAAUUUUAGUGAAAUAUCUUCGCAUUCUUCAUUUCAUGAAAAUAGAGAUCUAAACUUAUAAAAUAUUUUAGAAUAGAUUCAUCUUUUAGAACAAACUUUAUCAGACUUAUCUUUAUAAUACGCAUCAUUAACUUUAGAAAACCAGAGAUUAUUGAGAUAAAAUAAUAAUUUGAAAGAAGAACUUAUGUUGUAAUAAAAAGCUUUGGAUGAAAUUCAUAAUAGCACUAAAGAAGCAGUUAAUUCUAAAUUCUAAGAUGCCAAUAAGACAUUCAAGUUACUGAAAGACAAGAUUCUUAAGUCAUAAUAGAAAUGA